AUGGAGCUAUCGGCGUCUGCAGAACCGAAGCAAAGUUAUCCUUUAUCUGAUCAGUUUUUUUUCAACCAAGUAUCUUACACCAAAAUUGAACAAGUGAUAAAGAAUAUGCCAUCCAAUAAAGCACCAGGUUAUGAUAAAAUUUCUAUCAAUGUUCUUAAGGAUUGUUACCCACAUAUUUUAUCAACCCUAACAGGCCUUGUUAAUGCCAGCUUUAGUCAAGAGGUUUUUCCCCUUCAGUGGAAAAAAGCAGAGGUUAUACCACUACAUAAAGAGGGGGAUCAUGAAAUUGCAGUGAAUAAUCGACCUAUCUCAUUGCUACCCGUACUAUCAAAGGUCACUGAACGUGUUGCAUUGGAACAAUUUACUGAUUAUUUGAUUGAAACUAAUAAGUUAAAUAAACACCAGAGUGGUAACCGUAAAAACCAUUCCACUGAAACUUUGCAGCUGUUUUUAACGGAGUGUAUAUAUCAAUCUAUAGAUAGAAAGAAUCUUACAGCUGUGAUAUUACUGGAUCUAAGCAAGGCGUUCGACAGUAUAAGUCACGAUAUCCUGUUGGAAAAACUUCGAAAGUUUGGAACAAGUGCGUCAGCUACUGUCUGGUUUCGAAGUUAUCUUAGCGAGCGCGUUCAAUCUGUUAGAGUGGGACAGCAUUUAUCUGAUAUGCAGCGUGUUACACACGGCGUACCGCAAGGAUCAAUCUUGGGUCCACUACUAUUUAACUUGUAUGUUAAUGAAAUUAGCAGCAUGUGUAAGGACUGUAAGAUCGAAUCGUUCGUGGACGACUCAAAACUCUUCUUAUCAUUCUCAAUCUGUGAUAUUGCCGAGAGUAUGAACAAAUUGAAUGCAGAUUUAAAACGAGUUGCUGCCUGGUGUUGUUCAAAUUCCUUGUUAAUAAACCCAGGGAAAACCAAAUUUCUUUUGUUUGGAACCAAGCAAGCUCUGUCCAAGAUUAAUCUACCACCAUUACAAUUUCUUGGUGAGGAAUUAACCCCAGUUCGCUGUGCAAAAGAUCUUGGAAUAAUAAUGGACGAAUGUCUCUCUUUUACCGAUCAUACCCAGAAUCUUACAUCUAAACUUAUGGGAUCAUUGUGUCAGAUCAGCCGAGUUCAACACUUAUUCGAUAAGAAAACUCUGAUAUCUAUAAUCAAUUCUCUUGUGUUUAGUAAAUUGUAUUAUUGCUCGACUGUUUGGGCAGGUACCUUUAAAGAGAAUAUAAAGAAAUUACAACUGGUUCAAAAUUUUGCUGCUAGAAUAAUUUCUGGCAAGAGGAAAUUUGACCAUAUUUCAUCCACAAUUAAAGACCUUGGAUGGUUAUCAGUCCAGGACAUGUUAGCUUAUCGUGAUGCUCAAAUGGUAUAUAAAAUUAUUAACGGUAGUGUACCGUUGUAUUUAAAAAAUUUUGUAAAGAGACGUUCUGACGUACACAAUCGUAGCACUCGUAAUAGCCAUAAUCUUGAUAUCCCAAAAUGUAGAACAAGCUUUGCCCAACGUUCAUUUGGAUACAGAGCUAUUAAAUUGUGGAAUAGUUUACCGAACAAUGUUAGAGAGAGUACUUCAUUGAACACUUUUAAACAGUCAUUAAAGACCUGGCUCCUUAAUGCCUAA